AUGGAGCUCAAAAUAGGUAUACUUGAAGUGAUCGGGCUAGUUGCGAUGAGGGCAAAAAGGGCGGCUCAAAAGUGUUCGCUCUUCAUUAAGGAUAAGCCCCCCUUCCUCGAAAGGCAGCUGGUUCAGCACGAGGACGAUGAUCUCAAGAAAGUCUUCAUUGAUGUUCAUCAUUCGCAACAACAUGAUAAACCUCGCCAAGUACAGGAAUGGGCUUCAAAGAAAGAAGAUGUGUAA